GCGGCUGGUGGCCAGGCUAUAAAGCCGUGCGGGGUGCAGGCGGGCGGCAGUCACACGGGCGGACCUCAGACGGACAUACGGACAGGGACAAGUACUGCUCGCAGGGAGUCUAUAACGUUUCGUUGUAACGUUUGUACGUAAGAAAAACCUCCGGCACCGCCAUGGUAGAACGGAGUCUGUCCUAUCUCUUCGUCUUCUUCUUGCCUGUUAUCGUAGUUAUACAAGGGUCCCACCACGGUGGCGAGGAGGAUUAUGGGAACGUGUCGUGCCCGGGAACGAGACCGCGGCGCUAUGACGUCACGGACUUCGGCGAUCCCAGGUUCUUCCAGGGCUGGGCUGACGUCACGGGACAGGGCGCCGCGCAUGACUACUGCAGGAUUGUGUCCCCUGCCCCAGGCCUGAUGUACCUGUCCUGUGCUCUGGCUGGAACGGCAGGAGAGAGCCAGUACAACUACAACUCUAUCGGGGAGAACGGAGAGUGGUUUGACGAGGGUUUCCCCAACACCUGGUACAUGAAGGACGAGGACGGAGACGGAAGGGACGACUUCUGCAGAUGCGUGGGAAUCGGGACGAACACGCGCGUGGCGUGUAUGAAGGCCGGGGAGAAGGGCUUCUACGGCAGCGCCGCGCAGGGAGGCGACCAGAAAACCUUCACGGCGCCCAACUCGCCCACCGACUGCCGGGACCGCACCGUCCACCCGCUCUUCGGCGCACAGAACUAGAUAUCGAGACGGACAAAGCUUUCUUUCCAACUAGUCUGAGAGUACUUCCAUUUUAACCGCUCUUUCGGUCCUAUUCCCGCAUACAGACGCUGCCCA